AUGGUCGCGGGGUUGGCAACCCACUGGCCGUGGAGCUUCGUGGGGCGGCUCCUGGUUCUGGUCUUUUCUCUUACUGCUGCAGGUUUCCUGGAAGUGCAGAUGGCAGGAAGGACUCAGAUCGUGUUGCUGAAUGCCAAUGCCACCAUCUUCUGCAAGAUUCCUGGUUCUCCACACCUGGACAUCAGGAUUAUGGGUAUCACCUGGUUUUGGAAAAGUCAGGAAUCUUCAGAGGAGGUCAAAAUAUUUGAGUUUUUUGGAGAUCACCAAAAUCCAAUCCGACCUGGAGCCACUGUGUCUCUAAGUAGGCUGAAGAAGGGGGAUGCUUCAUUGCAGCUACCUGGGGUGCAGCUGGAGGAAGCAGGAGCAUACCGGUGUGAGGUGGUAGUCACCCCUCAGAAGGCACAGGGAUGGGUCUGGCUGGAGGUUGUGGCUUACCCAGCCAGCAGCUUGUUGCCGGAGACAGCUAUGGUAGAAACUAAUGAAGAACAAACUCUUGUGUGCAAGACAAGUGGGUUCUACCCAGAAUCCAUUAACAUAACAUGGCAGAAGUGGACCCAAAAGUUUACUCAGUUCAUGGAGAUUUCUGAGGGCAUCACCACUGGUCCCACAAUCAAGAACAAUGAUGGCACAUUUAAUAUCACUAGCUUCUUGAAGCUAAAGCCCACUGUGGAAGACAGUGGGAAUGUCUAUCAGUGUGUGGUAUGGCACAAACUCUUGUCCAGCUCCUUGAGGUUCAACUCCACCGUGAUCGUGAACAAGUCUGAGAAGAAUUACUUUUGGGUUGGUGGUGUCUUUGCUGUACUUGUAUUUAUUUUUGUAUUUAUAUUUCUCAAGAAAAGGUAA